UUAUGCGUGUCUACGGCUGACAGCAGAAGCGCGGUUGUAUUUAUGCUUUUAGACAUCGUGUGCGUUGCUCAUCUCGGUGGAGGCUGAAGGCGCGAGGCGAUGCAAUUGUUGCUCGGCGUUGUUGCGGAUGAAGCCCUUCCUCGCGCCUCCCUCUCUGAACGAGGUCCUUAAAUGACCCACGACCACUAAGAAGCUCGUGCUUUCCCUGUCCGGAUCAUGGCAUGCGCCCCAUCCCGGACUUCCACACGCGCGGCGCCGAGGCUCGAGAGCAGUGAACAUGGGGAUCAGGUCCAGAAAUGCCGCUAACAGCGCCGAGGACUCGCGCGAGCGUAAAAGCGCGCUGGCCGGAGACCUGGAGCAGUGCGCGGGGCAGGAACGGGACGGCGCGCUGCUGCUCGUCGGCUCGGGGAGGGAAGUGGACUUCAAAAGGGGCUCGCAGAACAUCGGGCUGCUCGCCAAGACGCCCCUGGGAUACACGCGCCCCGUGAAGAGGAAUAAUAUCAGGAAGCGACGGAUCCAGAACCUCAUUUACGACGCGCUCGAGAGACCACGAGGAUGGGCGCUGCUUUACCACGCGUUUGUGUUUCUGAUUGUUUUGGGAUGUCUGAUUCUGUCGAUAUUAACAACAUUCAAAGAGCACGAGAAGGAUUCGGCUCACUGGCUGGUGAUUCUGGAGACGUUUACCAUCUUUAUUUUUGGAGGUGAGUUUGCGUUGAGGAUAUGGGCCGCCGGCUGCUGCUGUCGAUAUAAAGGCUGGAGAGGACGGCUCAAAUUCGCCCGCAAACCGCUGUGUGUCCUGGAUAUUUUUGUUCUGAUCGCUUCGGUGCCGGUGGUUGCCGUACGUAAUCAGGGAAAUGUGUUGGCCACGUCGCUGCGCAGUCUGCGUUUCCUGCAGAUCCUCCGGAUGCUGCGAAUGGACAGACGCGGAGGAACCUGGAAACUGCUGGGAUCUGCAAUAUACACACACAGCAAGGAGCUGAUCACAGCGUGGUACAUCGGCUUCCUGUCAUUGAUCCUGGCUUCUUUCCUGGUGUAUCUGGUCGAGAAGGACGAUGAGACCACAGAGCUCCACAGAGACACUGAUGGCCCUUCACCGACACCGGCCCCGCAGGACUUUGACACCUAUGCAGACGCCCUCUGGUGGGGACUGAUCACUUUGACCACCAUCGGUUACGGUGACAAGACCCCAAAGACAUGGGCAGGGCGUCUUCUGGCCGGGACCUUCGCUCUUAUUGGCGUAUCAUUCUUUGCACUUCCAGCCGGCAUUCUUGGUUCAGGUCUGGCUCUGAAAGUUCAGGAACAGCACAGACAGAAACACUUUGAGAAACGCAGACAUCCCGCAGCUUCAUUAAUACAGGCUGCAUGGAGAUAUUACUCCACCAACCCCGUCAGAGAAGAUCUCAUCGCCACAUGGAGAUUCUAUGAGACUGUGAUCUCUCUGCCAUGCUUCAGGAAGGAUCCUCUUGAAGUUAUGGCCAGUCAGAAGUUGAGUUUGCUGGAUCGUGUUCGUCUGUCGACUCCGAGGCCAUCCACAGUGAGAGCCCGCGUCAUGAUGCCUGCUGCCAAUCCUGAAAGUGUGCCAGGAAACUGUGGGCCGGCGGAGGCCAUUGAAGAGAGUCCAUCAAAAGAGGGCAAACCAGCGGGAUUCAGUAACAGAGAGAGAUUUAGAACUGCUUUCAGAAUGAAGGCCUACGCCCUGAGACAGAGCUCUGAGGAUACUGGUGGUCUUCCUGAUCCCACCCCUGAGGAGAAGGGCUUCCCGCCUGAUAUACUGCUGGAGGAGAUGAUUCCCACUCUCAAACUAGUGAUACGAGCACUGCGGAUUAUAAUGUUCCUGCUGAAUAAGAAGCGUUUUAAGGAGACUCUGAGGCCAUAUGAUGUGAAGGAUGUGAUUGAACAGUAUUCUGCUGGACACCUCGACAUGCUCACCAGAAUCAAAUAUCUGCAGACACGGUUAGAUCUGAUUCUGACUCCUGGACCAACACUGACUCCAAAACACAAGAAGCCCCAGAAAACUCCUUUUCCGUACCCAUCCCAGCAGUCUCCUAGACAGGAGUCGUACCUUGCCAAAACAAGCCUGCCAGAUCCCGAAGACCAAAGCAUGAUGGGUAGAUUUGUGCGGGUGGAGAGACAGGUGGAAGACAUGGAGAAGAAACUGGACUUCCUGGUGGACAUGCAUAUGCAACAUGACUUCACAGGCCCGGGUCACAUGACCAUGGAGCGCUGCGACCCCACAUUAACCGUUAGCGUAGCGGGCGACCGCGUUUACUGCAGCUACGGCCCCCCGCUACACAACACCCCAUACUACACACAUCCGCCGAGACCGACCGUCCUGCCAAUUAGCCCACUGCCAAGCCACUCGCCAUCCUCCAACGUCAGCCAAACUGGUGGCCAUCGGGUCGGGACACCACUCUCGCUCCUGUCGGUCACUCACGAGGAGCUGGAGCGGUCACCCAGCGGAUUUAGCAUCUCAGCGGAGAAAGAAGAGGUCACGGGGAAGGCCUCGGGGUUAACAGCAGGGUCGAGUUGGGGCCGUGACCGCCGAUAUUUAGCCGAGGGAGAGACGGAUACAGACACUGAUCCCUUUACACCCAGCGGACCUGUUGCUCCAUCCUCCACCGGAGAUGGCUUUCAGUCGGACGGAGCGUGGGGUACACCACCCUAAAACCCCCACACACACUCUCUUUAUAAAGACUUGUACAGCACAAAACAUGACGACACGUCAAGACACAGACAUAAUACUCGUCAUAUCUAAAUAUGUAUCCACGUCACGCUUUACCCCUGCAAAGUAGGGCUGCACGAUGUGUGUAUAGAAAUUAAACGAAUAUUGCGAUAUGGUUUACUGCAAAUUGGCAAUCUGCGGUUAUAAUUUUUCAUUAAUUAUAUGCGCUCAGGGCUCUAGACUCACUGGUGUGAUUUGUACGCACUGGCUUACAGUUUUACUACUAGAUUUGAGUUGUGCCAUUGUACACUUAAAUAGUGAUGGGUCGGUCUUGAACGAUUCGUUUAUUUUGAAUGAAUGUUUUUUGUGACUUGAAAACGAUGAGUCCACUCGGGUAUUGAUUCGUUCAUUUGCGGAUGCGCACAUUUGUGUAGGUGGAGGAGAAAAUUAGUUCAUUUUUCGAGUCUUCUAUGUUCAAGUUCAAAUUCAAGUUCAAUUUAUCUACAUAGCACGUUUCCAAACGACUUCAAGGCAGCAAAAACUGCUUUACAGAGAAGAUACAAACAAGCAGUACAGAAAUAAUAAACAAAACAGCAAUAACAUGAUGUAAAAGAGAACAUAAAAUAUGUCAAAUAGAUUAUAUAAAAACAGUUUAGUUUCAAUGUCUAAAACAAGUAAUUGCCCCUUUAAAUAAUUCUGCCUAGUUAGAAGAUGCUACCACAGUUGACCACACUAAACAGGGUUAAAAACGAGACUGUUGGCUCCCCUGAGGAAGGGACUUAUGCUUUAAAUGACCUAGAAAAUAGAUGUCUUUAAUUCAGACUUGAAAAUUUGCAGUGACAAAGCCAUUUUUAAUUCUAUCGGCAGCGCGUUCCGAAGGCGAGGACCGGCUAUAGUAGUAGUAGUUGGAGUAAAAAUAUAGCGAAUGCACGUUCACCCCUGCUUUUGAGGUGGGCCUUUGGAUCUUUUAAUAGAAACUGAUCAAUGGAAAGCAAGAGUCUUGAAUGAGUGUGGGCCACAAUCAGUUGAGAUAAAUAAUGAGGGCCCGGGCCAUGUACGGUUUUAUACACAAGUAUUUUGAAUUCAAUUCUUUGUCUCACUGGUAGCCAAUGGAGAGACCUCAAAAUGGGAGUGACGUGCAUGUGUCGAGCUCUUUGUUAAAAAUCAUUUAUGUUAAAAGUCUUCUAUGGGGUUUGAGUCGUUAGUUCAUCACGUUAAAGACAGAAGCCAAUCAUAUGCACUCAGAGCCCGAAAAAGAUUUGAUCCUUUCAUUUCCUGGGUCUUUGGUUUUAAGUCAUCUCUUUACAUAGUCACGUGAUGAACGAAUGACUCAAAAAAACGAAGACUCAAAUGGUGAACUAAUCAUAGGUGUUUCCGGCUCAGACUGUAUGCAUUAGUUAAGCUGAUAUGGGACUGUCAGUGUCGAAUGACUGAAAUUUGAAGACAUGCCAGAAGAGGGGAGCAAAGCUAAUCAUAGAUAAAACACCGGGUAAACAAUGGAGGAUUAUUUUCUCUUUCUUCGUAGCAUUGCUUUGUACAAUAAUAUUACAGUUACGACUUGUUUGUAGAGUGAUCAACGUUUGGGCUAGUUGUAGAUGUGUUUGGAAGCAUCUCGUAACAUUUUAUUGUUAUUUUGGCAAAUUGA